AACAUGUCGUUCCUGUUGUAGGCGAUGCGACAUGACGAAGCAGGAGGUGACAAGACUUCGAUUAUGCCUAUUCUGUCUAACAAGUCCGCUCUGCUGUCUCUGUCUACUUCGAGAACAUAACACGCGCGACAUCCUCUGCAACCUCGAACGGGACAUUUCCCGUUGCGCGCUUUUCCUUACAAGUAUAUAAUGGUUAUACAUCUUUUGCAUAUCUAUAGGUAGACAACAUACGAGUUUAGGUAUGAGCUUGGGAAAGAAGGUUUAUCGUAUUGUUUCCUAACCAACCAAGUCGAAUUCGAAUUUAUACAUAUUAUGACCAUCUCACGUAGAGAUACCUAGCGAACCACAGCCGUCAUGGUCACACCCCAGCGGUAUAAUGGUCCUGCGAAGGACGGGGACUGGAACAACUAUCGAGACACCAUCGCAGCGCUAUAUCUGGAGCAGAACAAGAGCUUGAAAGAAGUCAUGGUUAUUAUGCGGGAGGAAUACUACUUCUUCGCAACGGAAAAGAUGUACAAGAUCCGCUUCAACAGAUGGGGCCUACACAAGAAACUAAGAGCUCACCAGGUGGCCGAGCUUCUAGUUCAGCGUGGUCGCCGCGCCGCCGUCGGCAAGCCAUCGGUAUCCUUCGUUCACGGCCGCAAGGUCGAUGCGGAUAGGCUCAACGCGUACCUCCGACGAGUCUCGCCCGCCAGUCGCAAGGAACUCAUGGCGAUCCUGUCGGGUAAGAUAGAAUCGGUCGAGGCCAAGAAGCGCAGCAUAGAGGAGAUCAUAUGCCGUACUCCGUCUCCCGAACCGGAGCCGGUGUCAGUACCGAGACGCGUGGAAGCUCCCGACAGCUUACGGCUCCCUGAGGAGUGUAUGCAGAUAGUGCAGAGCUACGUCGGGGGUGCCUUGGAAGGAUCUCUCUGGCAGCUCACUCCCGACAAGGAACUAGUAUUUCCACGCCGACCGAGGACGUGGUUGGACCCCGUGUCGUCUGCCAGGCAACUAUUUAUCAACGGUUUUACAAAACAAGGUUUCCGCAUGAUAAGGAUAACCUUCGAUGACUAUAGAGAAGUGAUGAUGCGGCAAGACCCGUCACUACUUGUCGAGACGUGUCUCGCCCUAGGAGCGCUUAUACAAUCCGGACCAGGCCUUGCCGAGUCAUUAAUCAACUACGCCUGCGGCAUGUCCCGCAUCGUCUUCGGUCCUAGGCACCCUCUACACUUAUUAUUUAUGAGAUUAAAAGGCGCCAGCCCAGCCGAAAUAACAAAAUUUAUCGGCCUAAUGAUACAAGGCUUUCUGCAAGCCGUGCAAGCUGACAGCCGCCUCAAACCGACAUGGCUAGCAACUAUAUAUCGAGCCAUGCUCAAUAGCAACUUCAUCGAGAUGCAUACGGCGCAGAAAUACAUGCAAGACCUCAUCGCGGAUCUCGAGAGUUCACCGUCGCCGUCGGUGGAUCCGCCCGAGCAGGACGCUAUAAGGAAGGAUAUCGACCUCCUACGGCACCACUUAUCCUGGCUAACAAACCUUCACAACAAGCCGACAGAGGCGGCGGCAUCGGCGCGUACACUAGUCGAAACAUGCGGGGGACGGGAUCCACGGCUGGCGCGGUUCAGCUGCUACAAUAUGCUGCGGACGCUACCGACAAGCCACGAGGUGAGCGCCGAGGAGGCCGUCGACCUUAUGACGCAUAGCCUAGAGAUAUGCGAGACGGAAUUCGGGCGCAACGACAACGCCACGGUUACUUUACUCGCCACAUUGCAAAACUACCUGCGCCGCGUCGGGAGAACAGAGGACGCGCAAAGAGUACGCGCGGACUUCGAGAAGCGAUGGGACGAAGUCAUGGACGACAUGAGCAGGCUGAAAACGUGACCCGUUGCCCUGAUGAAUACCUACUACAUGGUGCAAUGAGGGGGGAUACGUAUAUAUAAGCGUACGGAACAUUGGUUCGGCUGGGACUUGGCACUGCUAGGUAUCUUAAUACCAAGAUAUAUGUUAUAUGUAUGUAUGUAUGUCCUCUAUGUAGUAAGCUGCAGCUUCGACACGAAAA